CAGAAAAAUCCAUAGAGAAUUAAACAAGAAACCAUGAACACACUUUGUAACUACAGAAAGUAAAACUUAGUAGAUUUGUAUGAUGUCUUCAGAUAAGAAAAGUAGCACAGUGAAGUUGUUUUGUCCAUCACUAUCAAAACUAGUUCCAUGGGUUAUUAAAAAAGAAGAUGAAAGUUUGGAUUUAGGUUUAAUAGCUAAUACUUUUGGUCUUGAACCAUCAACCUUAAAAAUUAAUAAUCAUUUUAUAAGUAGAGGAAUUGAUUUCGUAUCAUCUUCAGUUAGUUGGAAAUCGCUUCUUUCUUUUUUUGCUUCAAGAGGUUUAGCUACUGGUUCUAGUGAACAUGAUGUUAUUGUUAUUGAUGGAAGGGUUUGUAAGCCUGGAACUAAAAGAGGGCGUAGUAAUCCCUUGGAAAUUGGAAGUAGCGAUGAUAUGAGCAGGGAGAGUACCGGACUCUCAAACAAUACAGAGGGAUCAAUGGUAGAUAUUAACCUAUUCAAGAAGAUUAAGACAGAUACAUGCAAUUCAGGGGUAUGCCAACUUUUAUCUGAAAGUUCUUCUGAGGGUCGUGAAAAGAUCAAAUUUAGCAGUCUUGCUGUGAAGAGGAAACCCUUGGUCGAAGAUAUCAAUCCACCUAAAAAGGAAAAGAUUAGUGAAAGCAGCUCAGGUAGAUUGAAUUUCCCUAUGACCAGUCCAGUAGUUCGAUCUGUACGCAACUGUAUCGAUGGCAGUAUUAGUGGAAGCUUAAAACGGCUGAGAAUAGAUGAGAUGAUUAUGGCCACCCCUGGCAAAAGACAGAGAUAACUGGUCUUGCAUUUUGAAGUGUAAAAUCUUAAAUCUUAAUAUAGCGCUCAUCUAGAAAGGGGUAAAAAUUGGAUCCACCAAGUGUGUACAUAUCAGUUUAUGGCAUAGAAUACCAAAUGGUUUUUGGUCCAAAAUUGUAUACCAGUUUGUAAACAUGAAUGUAAAUUUUCUUUGAUUUCAGCAUAACUUGACAGACAGUACAUCUGCAAACUGGUGCUAUAAUGUUACCAGCUUAGCAAAUAACAAUAAACCUCACUGGGGGAUAUAGAAGCAAACCAGGAAACACAGGUUUGUACAGUAA